AUGGGUGAUAUGAGUGGAGGUAUUAGUUCCAAUGAAAUGAUUAACAAAUCCAAUAAUGUUAUAUCAAAUGGAGAUGAAUGUGAUGUAAAUAUGAAUUAUCGCAAGAAAUGGGAGAAUCACCGGGGGUCAGAGUUAUGGGUUCCUAAAGUUUUAUUCAAGGAAGGUAUUCCAUUGAAAAAGGAAUUUGAUUCUUUAGAAGCUUCUUCUAGUGAUAGGAGAAGGCGUAAUACAAAUUUCAAGCGGAAUGGUUGUAAAGCAUGCCUUAAGGUACACUACGUGAAAAAGAGUGGCCAUUACGAGGUUUAUAAGUUUGUUGAAACUCAUAAUCAUAUGCUUUGUCGUCCUGAUGAAAUGAUGUUCUCUCGUUCCAGACGCCAACUUGAUUACAAGGAUCGUAAAAAUGUUUAUCACACAUCUAGUUCUAAAGUUGGUAUCACUCAAUCACGCAGGAUGCAAUUGGCAAUUAAAGGGGGGUUAGAAUCAAUAGGUGGGACAGCUAGGGAUCAUAUUAACUUUAAAAGAGACAUUGUGCUCUUCUAUGAUGAGAAGGAGUUGAUUGCAAUAUUUUGGGCCGAUGAAACGGCGAGAUCGAAUUACAAACAUUUUGGAGAUACCAUAUCUUUUGACGCUACUUUUUGGUCAAACAAACAUGCAAUGAUUUUUGUUCCAUUUGUCGCAAUUGAUAAUCACAAAAAAUCGGUUGUGGUUGGUGCUUCCUUGAUUAGGAGUGAAUAUGUCAUUAAUCUCUCAUGGGUAUUGAAGGCGUUUAUGAAAGCGCACGGUAGGCAGCCACAGAAAAUGAAUGCCAUGAUGGAUGAGUAUGGCUUACGGGGUCACUCAUGGUUUGAAGAAAUGUAUACAAUAAGAGAAUCUUGGAUUCCGGCCUAUUCCAAGGACUAUCCUAUGUCUGGGUUGAUGAAAACGACUUCCAGAUACGCUAGGUGGUUCAUGAUAUUAGGGAAGAGUCUUUUGAUUGUAGUUGCAACAAUUUUGUUCGCAAUGGCAUAUUAUAUCGCCAUGCGUUUAAGAUAUGGUGAAAUGGAUGUUGAGAAGCAAGUUAUGAUCAACCAGGUUGUAUCAAUGUUUGAUCUUAUUAUUGGGCGUGUACGCAAGGAUAAGAAUUCGUUGGCAAAGUUUGUGGACCAAUUGGAACAGUGGGUUGAUAUCUUACCCCCAACUGGGAUACGUAAUAAAGGUUGUGGAACAGGGAAGCGUCUUGUUGGUAUAUCAGAGAGGACAUCCGUUAAUGCAAAGAAACCCAAAAGAUUGUGCAUAACUUGUGAGAAAAUGGCUUGGCAUGAUUCUCGCAAUUGUCCGUCAAAAAGCGACGGUACGAAAUAA